CUUCUUGACACAACGCUCCUUCGGCCUCACUGCUUCUUUUCAUCUUCCGGCGAAAUUAUGGCUUCGAAUUUCAAGACCGAGGUUGAGGAAGAAGAAAGAGAACUUCCGGAAACUUUUUCUCGCUUCGUCGUUGGAGAGAAUGCGGAACGUUUAGAUCCUUGCUCAUCCGUGUUGGCGAAAGAACAACGAGAUAUGCAGAAUAUGGAGAUGUUAUUGGCGAAAACCUUUGAAGAACUUGGUGCUCUCGCCGACGCGACAGGAAUGCCAAUAAUUCAGGAAAAUGGGCAGAGAACAUUUGGACCUCACCCAAAUGACCUUCGGACACCAAUGAGAGGAACUGAAAUUUUUGUUGGAAAAUUGCCAAAAUAUAUGAACGAAGCUCAUGUUUACAACGUGUUUCGACCUAUCGGUGAAAUUUAUCAAAUUCGUCUCAUGUUGGAUUUUAAUGGACACAAUCGGGGAUUUUGUUUUGUUCAAUUCUAUCAUAAUGAAGAUGCAAAACGUGCAAUUGCAACUCUAAACCAUUAUGAGAUUGCUGAAGGUCGUCCAAUCGGAGUCACUGGAUCUGUUGACAACUGUAGAUUGUUUCUUGGCGGUAUUCCGAAGGAUAAAAGUGAAGUGGAGAUAUUUACAGAACUUUCAAGAGUUACUGAUAACUUGGUGCGCGUAUUUUCCAAGACUAAUAAAAGGUCGGAGACUGUGAACCGUGGAUUUGCUUUCGCAGAGUAUGUAUCACACAAAGAUGCUGCAAUGGCUCGCCGGAAGAUGAUCCCUGGAAAAAUUUUAAUGUGGGGUAAGCUUGUUCAUGUCGAUUGGGCGGAACCCGAACAUCCAGAGACAGUCAACCGAAACUACGGGCUUUCGAAAACGGUUCAACAACGAACGAAUGGAAAGUUUUACAACUUCUUCGACGUAUUGGUGCCAAUGGACCCGAUGGCACCGAUGAAUCACAUGGUGCAUAUGGAUCCGAUGGCGUCGAUGAAUCACAUGGUGCCGAUAAAGCCUGAUUAUGGAAUGCAAGGAAACUUGGCAUGCUUUCCGAAUCCCUUUAAUUUUGUAUAAAAUCUACACAAAUUAUAUAUAUCUAUUUUUAUACCCCAACCUCAUAGAUUCAUAACAUAAUUGCGUCCGUAGUAUUUGCAUUAUGCAUGAAUUAAAACAUUUGGCCAAAACUAGGGAACCUUUGUUACUAUAAUAUGAACAAUAUAAUUGUAUAAUAUGAAUGUGAGCACGAAUAUGAAUUUUCAAAGUUAUAAUAAAUACUGUUUUGUUU